ACAAGUAUGGCUACCGAAAUAGGUGAUUGUUUACAAAGCCAGCUUUGAAUGUAUUUUUUAAGUCAUGGCCUCUGAAUAUACUCCAGAGGUUAUAAAAACGUUAAAACACAAAGUAUUCACAUCUGCUCGCGAUGGAAUGGCUAUAAGUAUUUUCGCCAUGUUGUGGAACGUUGAAAGGGAGAUUGUAAAAGAAGUAUUGGAGCACCAUUCUGACGAAGAUGGACAGAAAACGACACCGCUUAUUAUUGCAGCACGGAACGGUGAAGAAAAGGUAGUCGCUGUGUUAUUGACUAACUUUUUGGUGGAUAUAGAGCAGACAGGUGUCGUGAAGUUCGACGGAUUUGUUAUUGAAGGAGCCACGUCGUUAUGGUGCGCUGCAGGAGCCGGUCAUUUCGGUGUGGUGAAAUUGUUGAUCGACCAUGGAGCAGACGUUAACCACCCUACACUGACCAACUCUACACCGCUCAGAGCCGCGUGUUUUGAUGGCAGACUGGACAUUGUUAAAUAUCUAAUCGAACAUAACGCAGACCCGAAAAUAUCCAACAAAUAUAACAAUACGUGUUUGAUGAUAUCGAGUUACAAGGGUCAUAAGGAUGUUGUACGCUACCUCCUGGAGAAAGGGGCUAACCCAGACUGCAGUGCUCACUGCGGGGCUACAGCGUUACAUUUCUCAUCAGAAUGUGGACAUUUAGAUAUAGUUCAUGAGUUAGUCAGGUUUGGUGCAUCCAGAUUAAAAAAUGAUCAUAACAUGACGCCGCUAACAGUUGCGGCUGAGUGCGGGAAAUCUGAGGUAGUUGAGUAUUUAAUUUCCCUACCUGAAUGUAAGCGAGAAGAAAAGAUAGAUGCGUUGGAGCUGUUAGGAGCUUCUUAUGCAAAUGACAAAGAGAAUUAUGAUAUUAACAAAGCGUUUCUAUAUCUUCGAGAAGCCAUGCAUGUUCGAUACAGUAACCCACAAAGUACUAUUGAAAAGCCUCAGUGUGACCCAAUCCCUGCAUAUGAUAAUCAUGCUGAGUGUAAAACCCUUGUUGCGCUGGAUGCAAUAAGGCAGGACUUUGGGGCACUUCAUAUGGAAUCUCUUGCCAUUAGAGAACGAAUUCUUGGUGCAGACAAUCCAGAAGUACCCCAUCCAGUGAUUUUUCGUGGCGCUGUGUUUGCAGAUAGUGCUAGAUUUGACAGAUGUAUUGCCUUAUGGUUGCACGCUAUGAGGCUUCGACAGCGCAACAACAGAACCAUUUCAAAGGAUCUUCUCAGGUUUGCACAGGUCUUUUCACAAAUGGUGCACAUAGGAGUGAUUCUGGAUUUCAAAAAUGUGGAAGAGGUUUUCCAUCAUGCUGUGAUAGAACUCCACCGUGACUCAGAAAGAAUUGCGAAAGGGGAAGAUGAGAAGGAGGCUCUUGUGGAGAUAUAUCAAAGCAAUAUACACACUUGUCUCUAUCUACUUGUGAUAGCACAGAAAGUGCCAAAAUCAAAAGACACUGAUGAAUUGCACAAAAUGGUGUAUAAAUUUCUACAAAAUAAACCAGUCUUAAAGAAUGACUAUAGUCCUUUGCACAUGGCUGUUGACAGUGCGACGUUGGUGGACGACUUCCAUGUGAAUGAUGUGGUAAAUUUCCCCAACAACAACCUUACCAGAUUACUUAUUGAGUGUGGGGCUGAUCCAAACGGCCUGGACUGUCAUAGAAACACCCCUCUGCAUUUAAUUGUCAAAUACUCAAAUCCAAUCAGUGACUUUGAAACUCUCCACCAAAUUCUCAUGAAUUUGAUAAAGAAUGGUGCUCACCUCGAUAUUUGCAAUAGUGAACGGAAAACACCUAUUGAUUUAGCUUCGUCAGGGGUGGCAGUUGUGAUUCUGAGGACAAAUAGUAGGCUGUCUCUGAAAUGUAUUGCAGCAAAGUCUAUACAAAGACAAGAUAUAAAAUACGAAGGAGUUGUUCCCCUUGUUCUGGAGGAGUUCAUCAAGCUUCAUUGAUCAUGAUUAUGUAUAUCUGUUUCUGUAUGUCGGGCUGCAGGACAAUAAGAGUCUGCUGGUGUGAGACUAGUGGAAUCUCCAGUUGAACUAGUUAUUCUAAAAACUGACAGCUUGAUUGUCUAGUCAAAAUUUGAUAUUACUUAUAUUUAAUUAUCAUGUUGAAUAAAUUUUGGUCAGAUGAAUUUGCACAGGGACUAAUAUAAUUGGAAACUAGCCUACUGACUAGUGGUUUUUAAAAUCAAAUUCUAGCCCACCUGUAUGUGCAAAUUGUAUAAAUGUCCCUGUGUAUAUACAUGUGUACAGCUGUGUAUUAUGAAGAUUGGUGAACCUGAAUGUGUUGUUAGGACAUCUUGAUCAUCUAUUGAUGUGAUUGCACAUAAACAAUGCCUCAUUAUAAAAACAUUGAAAGGAAAGUAAUCAUGAUGUACAUGUACAGUUGGAUAGUGGCUUGAUCGUGUGCCAUAAAUGUUUAAUAUUUUAAAAUACAGUUGCAUACUGUAUAAUUGAAUAGGCAGUAGAUAUUGACAUGCAAUUAAAAAUCAGCUGUGAAAAGUCUGUUAACAUUGAGAAAUAAAUGAUAUUUGACAGUAUGUAUGUUGAUUCUGAUGGAAAAAACACCCCAGUUCUACUAUAUACUACCACCGCACGGAUUAGUAGAUAAAACAAGAUUAGUUAUCUCCUGUACUCUAGUUUUAGUAUUUAAGAAAAAACAAAUGCUUUUACAGUUGUAUACAUAAUACAAAACUGAGAAAAUGCGUUUGCCUAUUUCUUUGAUAUUUAUUUAAUACUAAAUCUAAAUUUUGGGAGACAACUCUCGUUUUCUCGUUGGCAAUGAGUAUAAUAUCGAUAAAAAUGUUUACCGUUUUUCUAACAGAAUUGACAUACAGUUUGGAGCAAACGUAACUUGGUAUCUAGUGCACUUUGUAGUGCACACAUAGUAGACUAAAAUGUUAACUCCAGUUUGAUGGACUAAAGUACAGAUAUCAAUUGUUCUUUACCAUGAAAAAGGUUCACACAUUAUAUGAAAUUUGAAUGAAUAAUGAAAAUUCAUGUUAAUUUGAGUAUAAAAAACAUCAGUAUUCAUAUUUUUUCUGAUUAUUUAAAUUUUCAACUGGAUAUUAUUUCUGAUGAUUUAAGAACAUCCAUAGAUUAAUUGAUUUAGUAAACAGUUCAAUAGUACUGUUUAAUAUAGCUGAAUUUAAAUUUGCAUCACAUUUAAAUUUCAUUUCAAUGUUGUAGCAUAUCAAUAUCGCUGGUAACUACAAAAUGCUGAGUUUCCUCAUCAGUAUCGCUGGUAACUACAAAAUGCUGAGUUUCCUCAUAUCAUGAUCUGCUUUACUGAAAAUGUGGAUGUAAACAUUGUUGUAAAACUAGCUUCAUAUAUAUAUAUAUGUCAUAUUUUAUUAAGGAUGUACUCUUCUGAGGUUUAAAUCACGUUUUUAAAGUCUUGUUUUGAUCUUGUGUAACAGGUUUUUGUAAUUUUUAAAAAGUAUCCAUUUUUUAUCACUUUUUUUAGCAAACACAAAGCUGAAAAAUAUGUCGAAAAACUAGAUGCCUGUUUUUGUAGAUUUUUUUACAAAAAUAAAAUAAAAAUGACCAAUUUGGCUGCGUUUUAAAAAUGUGUAUUUCUUGCGUUUCAUGAAACUUGAAAGACAAAAAAAAUCAACUUUUUUGACACUCAAUUGAUCACUUAAUUUGUGAUUGUGUCACCAUUUUUAAUUGUAGCAAGUUUUUCAUUAUUGCUGUAAAACUUUAUUAUGUUCAAUAUGAUGAAAAUAAUAUGCAACGAAGUGGAAAAUUAUACAUGAUUGGUAAUUUUUUUUACAUGUUUAGUGUACAUGUUACUGAAUGUUUUUGACCCUGAAAAAGGUGAAAAAUAACACAUAUAGUAAUGGGACAAAAAGAGAAGCACAGACUCCAUAUUUUUGUCUGUUUUAGAAAGAGAAACACAUUUUCUUUUGAUUCAUUAAAUAUUAAAAAAAGUUUAAUAGCAGAACU